UUUGACCCGGCUGGUUUUUGCAUUGCCCCUGUAGGUGACAAAGCAUUCGCUGAAUUCCUCACUGACGAAAUCAAGGAGGAGAAGAAAAUCCAGAAGACUUCGACCCUGCCGAAGGUGUCAGGAGGCUGGGAAAUUGGGCUCAAUGGGACUGAGGCGAAACUUGUGCGGAAAGUUGACGGUGAAAAGGUUACAGUUAGCUUUAAUAUCAAUAACAGCAUUCCACCAACAAUGGAGGAAGAACCACAGGAAGAACAGAAGGGCUCAGAGAAUGAGCCUGAAAUCAUCUCAACCCCAAACUUUGUUGUGGAAGUGACCAAGCUGUCGAAUAACCAGAGUCUAGUUUUUGAUUGCCACUAUCCUGAAGAUGAGAUUGGGCGUGGCGAGGAGGAUGACAGCGACAUCUUUGCCAUCAGAGAGGUCAGCUUUCAGCCCACGGGAGAAGAUUAUUGGAAAGACACCAGCUAUACCCUUGAUACAGACUCCCUGGACUGG